AAGAGGAAUCUAAUGAAAACGAUAACCCAGUUUAACCCAUGUGGAAUGAUCAAGAAAUACAUAAAUACUGCAAUAAAUAUGGCACCUCGAGAAAGACCUGAAGUUUGCCGUAGAGGAACUGGGGUUUGUGAGUUAUGACUCUCUGCCUGCACAAGGAAAAGCCCCUCUUGCAGAGCUCAGCCCAGGACUCUUCCAGCGGAUGCAGCAGGUGCCUAUUCCUGCAGCUGCUUGUCAACGGUUUCCUUCUUUUUCUAGUUCACAGUAAGACUCUGCUGGACACUGCCAGAGACAGAGGUCCAAAGUCCAAGAAAUUAGGUGGAUUCAGAAGGGACACAUGAAAUGUGGGAAAGACUAGGAAAAGAACCACCUUUUUCCAGAAACUGCUACGGCUUCCCAUUGCACAGAAGACAGAGUACUCAUUCUCUAGCUUGGCCUGUGACUCCUCACCAGGUCCAUUAUCUGACUCUAUCUCUCCAUUUCAAAAUUUUUCAUGUACAUUACCUCAGGGAUGCUUUAUCACAGCCCUACUUUACUGGGAAAAAUAUUGGAUCACUGAGGGGUUAGAUGACCUAGCUAAGGUCACACAAAAUGGAGCCAGUAUGUUUUGCAGGUUUCCAGACUCCAACUCCCAAAUGCUCCAUUGCACCAGCAUGUGUAGGAGCUAUGGGCGAAGACUUGAAUGUGGACAAGCAAGACCCAUUCAAAAAUGUUCCAUUGAUCUGGGGUGAAAGCAAACUUCUUUAAACAAGACAUGGGGUAUAUAAAAUAAUUUUAUAAAAUUAUGAAGUGCUAUACAAAGAUUACUUAUUAUUAAAUAGUUUUUAUUUACAUGAAGCAUGUUUAUAUACCUAUGGCUACAUACCAUAGAGUACGACUAAGUAGAAUUAGAUGCUGUCUUGGAUCCAGAUCAUUGUUCUUUUCUGUCAAAGUAGAUAAUUAAGAGCAAAUUUUAUAAUUGAAUAGUGCUUCUCUCUUAUUUAGUAGGCUGGUAUCAUCUUCUCAUGGGACCAGUACUUGGAAGAGGACAUCUAGAUGAAGAGAAAUAUAUCUAUGUCAUACCUCCGUCCUCACAUACUCCUUCACCCACUGGGUGGCCACAGAGAUGCUCUCUGUCUUGGUGACAUCCAGGAUCAGUGUCUCCAGCCUAUCUGACUUCUGGCCUCUCAGCUGUAGGCCUUCUCCUUCUGACGCGUGGCCAGCACCCUCAAGCCUUGCAGGUCCAGCUGCCUGGCCAGCAGGUUCCCUAAGCCCGAGUCAACAUCAUAAUUACGUCAUUAUUGUCUUGGAGGUGGCCAACCCAUCACCUGCCUUUCCUGGUACUGGUGCAGAAGAUGGUAGAGCCCCCCGCCCCAGGGCGGGGUCGGGGGGUAGGCAGCAGAGGGAAGGCACUCCUCAUUCUUCAGUAGAAGGAGAAAUUCAGACUUCUCCUUUCCUGGCAAACUUAGAAGAGUUGGCAUUUCUGUCCUUAUUUUGAAAGCCUCUUAAAAUUACACAAGAUAGUGGAUUACACAAGAUUUCUAAGGAGAGUCUCAAUUCUGCCUUUGAAGUUGUUUGCUUCCAGUUCAUUUUCAUAUCCUGGUUGAAACUUGUCCCUGACUAUUAAAACAAAAACACACACACAAACAAUUUAAAAAAUCUUUAUACUUCCUGCUCCUCUGUCAGACAUUCCCAAAGGAACAUUUUGUUUGUUAUUCCAAGUUUGGCAUUAGAAUUCUCUGUAUCCAUUUGUUCUGGUCCAGAUGCAGUAUUUACACUUUUGUUGUUCAAAAAUGUCUCAAAUGGUCUGGCCAGGCUAUAGUUCAGGGACCAGCCCGCCCCAUGAUGCUCCAGAUUGCUCUCUCUCCUCCCCCCUCCCCCAGUUUCUGGGUUGAGGUUCACUGGAGAUCAGAGAGCUUGCCAAGCCUCAGGGGAAAAGCAGGCACCUCCCAUAGAAGAGGAGGCCUAUGGAUGACAGAGGCCCCUCAGCCUUCAGAGGGAAAGAGCUGGAAGAGAGGCCCAAGCAAGGCUGGUUAGGAGAGGUUUCUGAAGGCCCAUGGGAAUAGAAGCAAGCCGCAUCACAACUGCUGGCUAGAAAACCCUGCUGCAAAUGUGUGUGUACAGAGAUGUUCCCUGGGAGGAAACAAGCAAUGACACAUUCAAAGAUAGGAUUUUAGAACUAGAAGGACCUGCUCUGCCAGUUGCUUAUAGGGUAUGUAAUUAUUCUCUCUGGGCCUCUAGUUUCCUCCUCAUUAAAGCUGGAAUAAUACCUAUGAAGGUUCUAGUGAAGAUUAAAGUGCUUACAACAGUGCCUGGCAGGUAGGAAGCACUAUGUAAGUGUGUGCUUUUGUGUGGGGGCUGGAAUCCUGACUGCCACUUAUCAGCUAUGUAAUCUUGUGCAAAUGACUUAACCUCUCCGAACCUUAGUUUCCUCCUCUAUAAAAUAGGGGCAACCUCACAGGGCUUGUUAUAGAGAUUACAUUAAAAUUAAAACACUGAACACUUAAAACAGUCCUUGGGACUGAGUAAUGUCUGAUAAAUGCUAAUUAUUUCUAUUUCUAUUAUUUUAUUGGUACAUUUCUCUCAUCAUCUCUACUCUUGCUCCUCCUGUAUCCCCCCAACCAGGUUCAUUCCAACUAAUUCCUCAAUGGCAGCAAAAGUGACCUUCUUUAAAAAUAAGUAGCUUCAAGGGGAACCCUCUUACACGGUUGGUGGGAAUGCCAACUGGUGCAGUCACUGUGGAAAACAGUAUGGAGGUUCCUCACAAAGUUAAAAAUAGAGCUGCCCCACGACCCAGCAAUUGCACUACCAGGUAUUUAUCCAAAGGAUACAAAAAUAGUGAUUUGGAGGGGCACCUGCACCCCAAUGUUUAUAGCAGCAAUGUCCACAAUAGCCAAAAUACAGAAAGAGCCUAGAUGUCCAUCAACAGAUGAAUGGAUAAAGAAGAUGUGGUAUAUAUACACAAUGGAAUAUUAUUCAGCCAUCAAAAAGAAUGAAAUCUUGGUCCCCCGGAAGUGGAGCCCUGGACUUCCACUCGUGUGUGAGGCGAGCGGAGCCAGAGUGGAGACCAGAGGCCGAACUCGGGAUCUGACAAGAUGGCCGGGCUCCCCCGCAGGAUUAUCAAGGAAACCCAGCAUUUGCUGGCAGAACCAGUUCCUGGCAGUAAAGCAGAACCAGAUGAGAGCAACGCCCGUUAUUUUCAUGUGGUCAUUGCUGGCCCCCAGGAUUCCCCCGAACUUUUCCUACCAGAAGAAUACCCGAUGGCAACCCCUAAAGUAUGUUUCAUGACCAAAAUUUAUCAUCCUAACGUAGACAAGUUGGGAAGAAUAUGUUUAGAUAUUUUGAAAGAUAAGUGGUCCCCAGCACCGCAGAUCCACACAGUUCUGCUAUGGACCCAGGCCUUUUUAAGUGCUCCCAAUCCAGAUGAUCCAUUAGCAAAUGAUGUAGCGGAGCAGUGGAAGACCAACGAAGCCCAAGCCAUAGAAACAUCUAGAGCAUGGACUACGCUAUAUGCCAUGAAUAAUAUUUAAAAUCGAUCUGAUCAUCAAUUGUGCAACACUUCUGUUCUGCCAAGACUUCUUGCUUUUUUGUUGGCAUUUAAUGGACACAGUCUUAGAAACAUCAUAGAAUAAAAGCCCAGACAUCUUCAGUCCUUUGGUGAUUAAAUGCACAUUAGCAAAUCUAUGUCUUGUCCUGAUUCACUGUUGUAAAGCAUGAGCAGAAGCUAGAAGUACAUCUGGAUUGUUGUGAAACGUUUAAAAGCAGUGGCCCUUCUCUGCUUUCAUUCAUUUCCCCCAUCAUGGUUUGAGUAUAAAGCACUGUGAAUGAAGGUAGUUGUCAGGGUUAGCUGCAGAGGUGUGUGUGUUUUUCUUUAUUUCUUUUUUUGAGGGGGAGAGGUAGUUUUAUUUUAAUUUUAUGGGCUCCUUUCCCCCUUUUUAUGGUGAUCUAAUUGAAUUGGUUAAAAGCAGCUAACCCGUUCUUUAGAAUAUGCUCUCUAGCCAAGUCUAACUUUACUUAGAUGCUGUAGAUGGACAAGCUUGAUUGUUUGAACCAAAAUGGGAACAUUAAACAAACAUCACAGCCCUCACUAAUAACAUUGUGACUUUGUUGUCAAGUGUAGAAUCCUUCCUUCAAGAAAAAGCUUGUGACUAUUUUGUAUGGCUUGUCUGGAAACUUCUGUAAAUCUUAUGUUUUAGUAAAAUAUUUUUUGUUAUUCUAAAAAAAAAAAAAGAAAUUUUGCCAUUUGCAGUGGCUCAGUCAGUUAAGUGUCUCCCUUCAGUUCAGAUCAUGAUGCCGGGGUCCUGGGAUAGAGCCCUGAAUAGGAUUCCCUGCUCAGCAGGAAGUCUGUUUUUCCCUCUGCCCCUCUUCCUGCUUGUGCUCUCUCUCUCAUGCCUCCCCCCUCUCAAAUAAAUAAAUAAAAUCUUAAAAAAAAAUAAAUCUUACCAUUUGCAAUGAUGUGAAUGAAACUAGAGGAUAUUAUGCUAAGUGAAAUAAGCCAGAGAAGGGGAGCCUGGGUGGCUCAGUUGGUUGAGCAUCUGCCUUUGGCUCAGGUCAUGAUACUGGAGUCCCAGGAUCGAGCCCCACAUUGGGCUCCCUGCUCAGCACAGAGUCUGUAUCUCUCUCUGACCCUCCCCACUCUC